CCUCGGGAGAUAGGAUAAAAAAUUCAUUAAUUAGUAAUCUUUUCAGAGACUCCGUUGAGUAAAGCUAAAGCUCCCUCGUGCAACUAAGACAAAUACGCUUAUCUGUAGUUGAUUCAACUCUAAUCAAACAGAUCUUCUAGCAAUUUGGUCGAGUUUUCCCUACUGUCAAAAUUCCUCCCAGCCUCUUUCUUUGUUAAAGAUAAAACUCAUUCAACCCAUAAUUGAAAAGGUGAAACAAAAAACAAAGAAAAGACAGGGUGCUUCUUAAUUUCUCGCUAUUUUCAGCCGCAGGAUUCAAGAAUAAUUUCAAUUUACAGAAAAAAAAACAAGAAACAAACUCAAUCUACCAAGUUAAUCACGGAUUAAGUGAAUUGAAAUUGAAAAAUCAAAAUACUGUGGAAUUGAAAUAAAUUUCAGGAAGGUCGAUACAAAAGCUGAUUACUUCUAAAUUUUCAAGAAACGCCACAUAUUAGAUUCAAUUUCAUACUUUCAGUUUUUAAAUUAAAUUUCAUACUUCCCUAACCGUAAGUAAACUUCCACGUGCUUAGGAAGCAAAAAAAACACUGUCAUAAAUUUUGAAUUUGCACUUCAACUUCGACAUUUCGAGACAUUUCUGCAGGCUUAAAGGUCAUUAAUUCUUCACCAUUAAAGGCCACAUUUCCAUUAGAACAUGAAGACAUAUGUCAACAAUUUGUUCAUUUUUAGACACUCCUAGUCGCGUUCAUUUGACAUGCUUAUUCAGAAAUUUUCAUCUUCAGGGGUGAUAAAUUUUGGUAGAAAAGAAGGUUGCUAAUUAUCUCCGUCCAGUUUUCCUUGUUUGUGAUUUAUUGGUGACAAGAGCUUUUCAAUUACUUUUCGACAUGGCACAAAAUUUAACUUGAUUACAUUCCGAGUAUUUGCGGCAUGUUACUACUAGUCCCAAAGGAAAUGUAAGAAACAACAAUUCCCUUCAACUUGCCAUCAUAUUUGUGAAGCUGAUUUUACCAAUACAUUAUUGGUGAAUCCAAUACGUCAGGUAGAGAAAAAAUCAAUUGAUUCAAAAAUAGAGAUUUAUCUUUUAUUUAUCCCAUUGCUAAGCCCAGUCCUCGAUCAAACAAGCUCAAUUGUUUUGAUAAGAAUAAACUAAAAAAGUUAUUUAGAUAUAGAGGAGCAAAUACCUUUUGUGGAGAUUGCACAAACAAAACAGAAAAUGAUUUCAAUAUACUUGCGCGAAGAUGUAUGACCGUUUUGUUUACUCACUCUUAAAUAAAUUUUCCUCCCCUUGGCGUCAUUUUCUUUGUUGAGAGCCACAAAAAACUGACCAUUUCCAGUCGAACUGUCUCCAUUGAAUUUCUUACCAAGUUUGAUCAUGCAGCUUUACCAACAUUUAAUCGUGAUUUGUUCACAUAUUAUUCUCAUGAUCACUUUUAUUCAUGUCUCGUCACAAUCAGGUCAUGGUCAAAAAAUAAGUGAAGAUUACGAAAAAUACUCAGGAGACGACUACGGUAUGAAUUCUGGAAGCUAUACUGAACAGAAAAGUGACAUGAUGGAGAAAAACAAAAACUAUCUGCGGCUGAAGAACACUUUGCCAGCUGAAGAUGGACUGCCAAUCAUCAUACAUGUCCAUCUCAGCUUAGAAAGCAUUCGUGACGUUGCCGGCGAAGCUACAAUAGACCUGUACAUGACUGAGUCGUGGACAGAUUACCGAGAAGCAUUCCAAUAUCAGGGAUCCAAUUACGACUACAACAACGACUACAAUCCAAAUACACCUCAAAGCCACGAGAAGAACGACUCAAAACCAGUGAUCACGACUACAACACGAAAAGCAGUCACGACUACAAGUCCAUGAAUAUGAGCAGUGACUACAAUUCAUCUUCCGACUACAGUUAUUACGACCGUCCUCUUUCAGUGGUCCGGAUGAGCGGGGCGGGGGUUGUAAACUACUGCUGGAUUCCAGACACUUACUUCAUUCUAGCCAGGUCAAUAUUCUACUCGCCGUCAUCUCUGAGUCUGAGCGUUCUGGGCAAUGGCGAGGUCACUCUGGACCGAAAGGUCAGACUAGUAACGCCUUGCAAGCCACAAGUGAAGUACUUCCCGUUCGACGUCACCACCUGUCGUAUUUUGAUAUCCAGUUACGGCUUCGACGCCCGGGAGUUAUAUCUAAUGUGGGAACGGGACGGAAAAGGGGAGGGGGUUUCCUUUCCAUUCGAGUACGAACCUCUUUCCGAAAUGGGGUUCAAAAUCCUCAACAUGAGUUCAACCUGUUUCUACGCUUCAUAUUCAGGAUUCACAUUUACAAUCUUAGAAGGCGUGGUCCAUUUAGAACGCCUGUAUACUGUUUACAUUUAUCAAAUCUACAUCCCAGCGGCUCUUUUAGUUGUUCUAAGUUGGGUCACUUUUUGGAUCAACAAGGGGGCGACUCCCGCUCGUGCUAGCGUCGGAGUCACCACAGUCCUGACGAUGUUGACACUCGCGACUCAAAGUCAGCAAAAUAUGGAGAAACACAUUACACUCGAAACUUCUUUGCUCGACAUUUACAUUUGGGUUUGCUUCAGUUUUGUCAUCGCCGCCAUGCUUGAAUUCGCAAUGAGUGAUUUUUUAAACGAUAAAGUGUCGCGCAAAGCAAAACAGGAUGCAAAUAGGAAACCAAAGAAGAGUCUUCAAAAACCGGAUCCCUCUGGAACUUUGCUGAUGAACAAAGAAUUUAAUGGCAAUAUUCACGCCACGACUUCGGCUAAUAACGAUUUAAACUUAAUCAGUGUCGAAAAAUCGAAAAAGAAAAAAAGACCAUCGUAUGCUUUCGUUUCUAAAAUUGACAGAGCUGCACGUGUUUUUUUCCCGGUUGUUUUUCUAGUAUUUAACUGUUUCUACUGGUUAUAUGUCGCUUAUAUUCUCAUGAACUCCAGCUAUGGAAGUCCUUCGCCAGACCCACCCUUACCAUGUGCUGGUUUCCCGUUACGGUGAUAAGGUUUGAAAUAUAUUUAGAA